AUGACUAGUCAAAAAGUUUAUCGAAUUCUUGCAUUCGGAGACAGCAUCACUGAAGGUUUUCAUUUUGCUGGAUUUCGUUUCCAUCCGUACACGAUUAAACUGGCAGAAUUGAUCCGAAAUCAUUGUGAAUGGACGUAUAACGGUUCUUCCGAUCGCCCACAAAUCGAAGUUAGAGUAUGUGGCCGAAGUAAUGAGUGUGUACUUGGUGGUAUGAUUGAUCGUCUGCGCAAAACUCUGUCCGAUGCCGUCGAAGAAGGCCACUAUUAUCGUUGGAUCAUCAUCUUAGGUGGUAUUCAUGAUUUGGGCUUAGGUGUAAAACCUGACAUGAUUUUCGACGGAUUAAAACAGAUGUAUAACAUGGCAUAUGAACACGGUGCAAAUCUGGUGAUAAUGACUAUUAAUGAAACAGGUCGUUUGAAAACAAAUGAUCCUCGUGAUCUCGAUCGGCAUACAUUGAACACAUUGAUCAAGAAAUAUGCAUGGGAAAAUCACUAUGCUGGUGGACGGCGAACUUUCUGUGUAGAUAUUAAUGAAGCUAUUCCAUGGCACCGGCCAGAUUUAGAUCAAAAGAAAAUACUAUGGGAUGAUCACAUGCAUUUGACACCCAAAGGUUACGAUUUGAUUGGUACACUGAUAUUUCAAACCAUUGUCGAUCAUCUGAAUCUAAGAGAUAUUUAA